AUGAUGGCGUCCGCCGCAGGAGACGAUGAUGGAACGUCGGUGGGUGCCGCGUUGCUGACGCGCGGGGGCCCGGCGGCGACUGGGGACGCGAAGCAGGGACGGAGGCAGCCCCGAGCAGUGCCAAUGCGGUGUCGGCGGUGCACGGCGGAGGGUCAGCAGAGGUGGAACAGAAGGGGAGCAGCGUGGCUAUGGAUUGCAAGGAGCGGCAAAGCUCGUGGUGGUUGCAAAAUUAGUGACUGCGCUAGGGAACCUGCAAGCCGGACAAUGAGCUUGUCGCUUCUCCAGGGCUACUCCUCCGCUGAGGAGGACGACGACCCCGCCGCCGGCACCGAGCUGAGCGAGUCCGGUGAUUCGUCAGCCGAGGAAUCCGGAUCGGAGGGAGACGAGGGGUCCGCUCCUCCAAAGCCGGCCCUCAAGCCCCGCCGCCGACCAAACCCUAAGGUGGGAGAUGCCAGCGGCGGCGACGGGGACUCCUCGCUGCCCUCCGCGCUGGAGGCCUUCGCCGAUGUCUCGGGACCACCGGAGUUUCUGAGGCACAGGGUUGCCGAGCCAGAGGAAGGGACGGAGGCCCUCGGUGUACUCGAUCGCCGUGGGAAAGAGGGGAGCAAGCACCCGCCUCCAGGUGGUACACUUCUAGAGUUGGCUUUAGAUUGA